GACAGCGCACCGUUAGUCAGUCCAGUCUCAUCUCAGUGAGCUCUUAUUAGCUUCGCUUUUCUCGUUUCUCUGCUUCAUCUCGUUUUCAUCACCCAAAAAGGGAAACUCAAACACAAGAUUUCAUGGCUCGCAAGUUCUUCGUCGGCGGCAACUGGAAAUGCAAUGGGACAACUGAAGAGGUUAAGAAGAUUGUUACCAAGUUGAAUGAAGCUGAAGUUCCUUCUGAGGAUGUUGUGGAGGUUGUUGUGAGCCCUCCAUUUGUGUUUCUUACCCUUGUGAAAAGUCUGUUGCGUUCCGAUUUCCAUGUUGCUGCUCAGAACUGUUGGGUUCGCAAAGGUGGUGCUUUUACUGGAGAAGUUAGUGCUGAGAUGCUUGUUAAUCUGAAUAUUCCAUGGGUUGUCAUUGGUCACUCCGAAAGAAGGGCUCUCUUGAACGAGUCCAAUGAGUUUGUUGGAGACAAAGUAGCAUAUGCACUUUCUCAAGGCUUGAAAGUGAUUGCGUGCAUUGGAGAGACUCUUGAACAGCGAGAAUCAGGCUCUACCAUGACUGUUGUUGCUGCACAAACCAAAGCAAUUGCUGAUAAAGUAACAAAUUGGGAGAAUGUUGUUUUGGCUUAUGAACCUGUUUGGGCCAUUGGUACAGGGAAGGUUGCAACCCCUGCUCAGGCUCAGGAAGUUCAUUGUGAAUUGAGGAAAUGGCUUCAUGACAAUGUUGGUGCUGGAGUUGCUGCUUCAACUAGAAUCAUAUACGGAGGUUCUGUAAAUGGAGCAAACUGCAAGGAAUUGGCUGCACAACCAGAUGUGGAUGGCUUUUUGGUUGGUGGAGCUUCUUUAAAGCCUGAGUUCAUUGAUAUCAUCAAGGCUGCCACCGUGAAAAAGAACUGAAGUUCACAGCCAGGAAUCAAAAGCUUAAACAGAAACAGCCUUCUGGGUAACUUAAUUUUGCAAUUGUGGUCUCUCCUAGGAACCUGAUGUCAGAAUUUUCCGAGUGUAAGCCAAAUUUAACUUUGUUAUUGUGGGUUUGAGGCAUAGAUCCUCAUUUUGGACUUCCAAAUUUUUCAUUUGGGCUCGACCUGGUUGUCUUGGGAUUUGGUUUACCGGUUCAUGUUUUUAUCAUCAAACCAAGUUUAGAAAUAAGAAUAAACUAGUAAUGUGACUUAUUGGUAGUA